GCGCCCGCCUGAAAGAGACGAGGCAUUUCGCGCUCCGCGGCCUAUCCAGCACUCUCCCGCACACACCACACACACGCCGAGACACGCCAACGCAAAGGAACACCACGAGGAUGAUGGCAUCCGUGCGCGCGUUCUCGCGGUGGCCGCCGCUGCUCCUCCUGCUGCUGCUCCUGGCGACGGCGUCACGGGCGCUCAAGAUCGGCGACCUGCUCGGGACGCCACCAGCGGGUAGCCAGGGAUGUAGCCGGACAUGCGAAUCCUCGUUCUGCGCAGUCCCGCCGCUGCUGAGGUACGGCAAGUACUGCGGGAUCCUGUACAGCGGCUGCCCCGGCGAGAAGCCCUGCGACGCCCUCGACGCCUGCUGCAUGGUCCACGACCACUGCGUCGACACCCACAACAAUGACUACCUGAACACGCGGUGCAACGAGAACCUGCUGAGCUGCCUGGACCGGAUGAGCCCGGCGGGUCCGACGUUCCCGGGGAACGAGUGCGACGUCGGCCAGACGGCGUCCAUCAUACGCGGGGUCAUCGAGACGGCCGUGCUCGCCGGGAAGAUCCUGCACAAGCGCGACGACGGGCAGUAGGCAGUAGCCGCCGCCGUCCCGGCCCGGCAAGGCUCGCGGAGCAGGCCGUGGUUGCAGGCGGAGCAGUAAAGGCCAGUUCCCACUUAUAAACCCUGUAAACGCAAAAAAAAAAAACAUCGCAUCGAAUAUUUCGAUACAUACAUGAAGUACUAAAUGAAGUCUAU